CCUGGUGAGCACGUCACCCUUCUCUCGUCAUCUCUUUGGGGCCUCUAGUCAUAACUAUCUCUACCUGUCUCUCCGCCCUUCUCUUCUUCCCUCUUCUUUUUUCAUAGGCCAAUCAAAAAAAAAACCCUCGGUUCGUCCGAAUUUUUUUGAACGGAGCCGUCUGGGGAACCCGGGACUCUUUGUGCCACUGCUGGCCUUGCCUCGACCUUCCCGCUUGUGAUUGUAAUUUUAUACCCAAUUUUGGUCUCACGCUUACACAUUAAUUGCUAGGCGCCACUUUGUUCUUUUUUUUUCGACAAGGCUCACGUCGGUUCCUUUUUUCCCACAACGGGUAGCGUCUGCGCUCUCGACUUAUACCCUGGCUUGGUGCCCCUGAAUAUGUCAUCCAGUCUUUGGGCGCGGGCCGCCGGGCCCUCCCGCCGAGCGGCCAUGGGCAGCAGGCCGACUUUCGGAGCUGCCCGGCCGAGGCGGUACGUUUCCAACGGCAGAAAUGGCACCACGACCACGGCCACUGCUGCUGCGGCCCCGACAUCAUGGACCAGCCAGCGGGUUCUCGCUGUUGCCAUCGCCGCCGGGCUUACAGGAUGGGGCGUCUCGGCCCUAUCCCCGACACUGUUUCCCCAGGCUAGCAGGCCUAUCCUGCUGCUUGACGACAGGUUCCCGACCCCGCGGUACGCGAGCUUACCUGUUAUGGAGCUGGCCAUAAAAGAGAUCCAACGCGAAAUCGGGCUUGACGACAUAAUCUCGAUAGACCCGGACGAUCUCCAUGUCCAUGGGUACUCGGAAUGGUCUUCUGUCAACCCCGAAGGUCUCCCGGUGGCAGUGGCCUACCCGCGCUGCACUGAGCACGUGUCGACAAUUGCACGCAUCUGCCACCAGCACCGGGUGCCUCUCAUCCCCUACUCGGGCGGAUCGAGCCUAGAAGGUAACUUCUCGGCACCCUAUGGUGGAAUCAGCGUCGACUUUGCCUACAUGGACAAAGUCAUCCAGUUCAACAAGGACGACAUGGACGUGGUGGUGCAGCCGAGCAUCGGGUGGCAGGACCUAAACGCACAACUGCUCAAGAUGGGCGCCGGGCUUUUCUUCCCCAUCGAUCCAGGGCCGAGCGCCAAGAUUGGCGGUAUGGUCGGCACCAACUGCUCGGGCACCAACGCCGUCAAGUAUGGCACCAUGAAGGACUGGGUCAUCAACCUGACCGUGGUUCUGGCCGACGGCACCGUCGUCAAGACCAGGCGCCGGCCGCGGAAGUCCUCGGCAGGCUACAACCUCAAUGGCCUUUUUGUCGGCUCUGAGGGCACGCUGGGCUUGGUGACUGAGGCAACGCUCAAGCUCGCCGUCAUCCCCGAAGACUUCUCGGUGGCAGUGGUGACGUUCCCCUCGAUCCGCCACGCGGCGGCAACGGCGGCCGGCGUGAUGCAGGCAGGGGUCCCCGUGGCAGCCAUGGAGAUCAUGGACGAAGUGCAGAUGAAAGUCGUCAACAUGAGCGGAGCGACGGCGCCUAGGAUAUGGCGAGAGACGCCGACGCUGUUCUUCAAGUUCUCGGGGACCAAGGCUGGGGUCAAGGAGAACAUCAACAUGGUGCAAAAGAUUGCCAAGGCCAACGAGGGCGGCAAGUUCGAGUUCGCCAAGGACGCAGAGGAGCAGAAGCUGCUGUGGUCGGCGCGCAAGGAAUCCCUCUGGUCCAUGCUCGCCCUCCGCAAGGACGGCGAAGAAGUCUUCAGCACGGAUGUGGCUGUUCCUUUCAGCCGUCUGGCGGACCUGAUAGAAGUCAGCAAGAAGGAGAUGGACGACCUCGGCCUUUUCGCCAGCAUCCUCGGCCACAUCGGCGACGGCAACUUCCACGAGAGCAUUCUCUACAACCGUCAGGACCCAGAGGAGCGGGAAAAGGUGGAGAAGUGUGUCAAGAACAUGGUCAAGCGGGCGCUGGAGAUGGAGGGUACCUGCACAGGCGAGCACUCUGUCGGCUGGGGCAAGAAGGAGUCGCUGCUGUGGGAGGUUGGGCCCGACACGCUGGGUGUCAUGAAAGCGAUCAAGUCUGCUAUAGACCCGAACUGGAUUAUGAACCCUGGGAAGAUUUUCGACCGGCAGGGUCUUGGGAAAUAAGAUUUGCGUUGGUGGUCGAGCAUAUCUAGGUAUUCUGUCAAAAAAAAGCAUCAAAGCAUGAAAGUAAGCUAGUAUCAGCGAGCAGCACCAAAAAUGGGAUUUGUGGCCUUGGGAUAACUUCACGCAAACAGCCACGGACAUAGUGUGAAGCCUGCACCAUUUUCUUGCCGUCCGUGUGCGAUUAUCGGACUGCUUUGAGAACCCCGGACAGCUGCAGCACCCAACAAAAUACGUGGUCGAGCGAGUUCGCAAAUCCGCCG